AUGUGGGGGAAUGCUGCACAAAGUGCCCCCCCGCGCUGCGACUGCCCCCCGACCUCGGGGGGCUCCGUGCUGUGCGCGCGCCGCCGCCUCCUCGCCGUGCCCGGGUCCGCGCCGGGGUCGGCGCGCUCCCUGGACCUGUCGCGCAACCACGUGGCGCGCCUGGGCGCCGGGGACCUCGCGGCCUGGGCGGCCCUGGAGGAGCUAGACCUGAGCGAGAACGCGCUGGGCGCGCUGGAGCCGGGCUCCUUCGCGGGGCUGGGCGCCCUGCGCUCCCUGUCGCUGCGCUGUAACCGCAUCGCGGUGCUCCCGAGCGGAGCCUUCGCGGCUCUCGGCGCCCUGCGGCGGCUGGACCUGAGCGGCAACCGCAUGCGCGCCGUGCCGCGCGGCGCCUUCUCGGGUCUGGGCGCCCGGCAGCUCGAUUUGUCCGAGAACUCGCUGCUGUGGGUGUCACAGGGCGCCUGAGGCCUGGGCGCCCUGCGCUCGCUGUCGCUGCGCCGCGCGGGGCUGCGCGCCCUGCCGAGCGGCGCCCUCGCCCGGCUGCCCGCGCUGUCCGAGCUGGACGCGUCGGGCAACUCCCUGCGCGCGCUGGGACCUCGCUGCCUGCGGGGGGUCCCGCGCCUGCGCGUGCUGCGGCUGUCGGGCGCGGGGCUACGGGCGGUGGAGCCGGGCGCCCUGCGCGGCCUCCCUGCGCUCCGCGACCUCGACCUCUCGGAGAACGCCCUGGACUCCCUGCCCGAGCGCGCCGGCGCCCCGCUCGCCCUGCGUGCCCUGCGCCUCGACGGCAACCCCAUCGCGUGCGACUGCCGCCUCCUCUGGCUGCGCACCCGGCCGAGUCCCGAGGCGCUGCUGGGGGGCGGCGAGGGCCCCCCCUGCGCGGCGCCCCCCGAGGCGCGGGGCGCGCGGGCUGCUGAGCGCCCCGCUGCGGUGCAGGGCGCCGCGCGUGAGGCUGCGCGCGGGGCCCGUGGCGGUGCGCGCGGGGGGCGCCGUGCGCAUCCCGUGCAGCGCGAGAGGGGACCCGCCCCCCAGGCCUCGCGUGGAGGGACCCCGGGGCCGCUGCGCCGCGGGCCGCCACCUCCGCGCGGUGCCCCUCGUCGUGUCGGGGCCCGGGGGGGUCCCGCCGCCGUCCCUCUCCGACCCCUCCGACUCCUCGGACCUUUGGGACCCAGCGGACCCCUGGGACGCCGUCGAUCCCGCAGACUCCGAGAGCUUCAACGCGACGGGGACGCGCGGGGAGGCGCGCGAGCCCGCCGGGACCCCGCUGACCCCGCUGACCCCUUGCUGCUGGUGUCCGCGGGGCUGGGGGGCCUCACCUUCCUCGGCGUUGUGAUUCUCUGCCUCCUGGUCCUCGCCGCGGGAACGCGGAGUUGGGGCCACAAGAGGAGGAGGAGGACGAGGCAGCGAACGGAGCUCGAGUACGGGGGGACCCGCAGAUCGAGGGGGGGGUCCCAGGAGCCCCAGCCGGGCCCCCCCUCGUCACUUCGUCAUGAGGAUGAUGUGAGCUUCCUAACAACGGUGGCACUAGGUAGGCUAAAACCAAGUACGAGUGUAGGGCCCCAAUUAGCUCAAGGGGAUUUGGUUUUAUGAAAUGUAGAAGCGCUUCAAUGAUCAGAUGAAAUUCUAAUUAAUAUUAACACAUCAAGAUAAUCAACAUAAACAGCGAAUUAAUCUCUCCUCUGUAUCAUGUCUGCAUCCUUCCUCUCAUUUCACUCCAUCCCUGUCUCGCCUGGAUCUCCCCUCAUCUCGCUACAGCUCUAUCUCUUCUCUACAUCUAUUCUGCCCCCCCCCUCCACAACACCGAC